AGUGCUUUCGUCAGUAAUAAGAGACAAGCUGUGGUUUACUUAAGGUUUUCUCAUUAUUGCUGAAUGGCCGCAUCAAGUAGGUGGUAAAACACUGCCUCUGUUUCUAUGGUACUGUUACAUACGACCUUGAUUACUUAGUUCAUCAUCUAACAACUUAUUAAUGAGGAACAGAAGCAACUAUUGAUUAAGUUUUUAUUUUUUUAUUGGAAACAAACUACUUAUGAAAAACAAAAAAAUCCAUUCAAACUCUUUUUGUUUUCAUCAAUCUACACAUGCUUGAAAAAAAAAGUUAUUAGAACUAUUCUGAGGAGUUUAUAAUUUUCUUACAGAGAUAAUGGUGGAAAUUACAUUGACUAUUCACCUUUCGUCCGUGAUUACUGAAGCCACUUGUAGAAGAGUUGCUAAUAUUCACGUGUAUUAAAUUUUUUAGAGCACUUUAUUUUCUAUAUACAUUUAUAUAUAUUUGUAUAUAUAUAUAAAAUUAAUAAUUGAAAGAAAAAAAAAACAUUUGAAAACAAAUCAGACUUUUAAUAUUUUUUAAAAUUUCCGUUGAUCUCAUCAGGAGUAAGUGAUACUCAGCGAUUUUUGAGAAAUACUUGAUUUAUCAAGUUAUAUACUAUGAAGUAUUGACCUCUCUCAAUCAUUGUGGCUUUUUUUUUUUUUUAAAUACAUCAACCUUCCCCAAACCUUGAACUCUUCACCCAACACUUUUUACCGCGUUUCCUAGAGACCAGCCGCUUCUUAUGAUAGCCUUACAGUAUGCUUAUCUUGUUGACGGAUGACUUAUAGUACUAUAAAAUUCUCUAGAUCAUCUUCCUAUAUGAACAUCGCCGUUAGGAAAAACUAAAUGGCUCAUUUACCAUUUGGACACUAUAGAAACCCUGAUACUUUGGACAGCUCUAUGCCGUCUGUCAGUUCUAUGCCACUGAACUCUCCACCUGACAUAAAACCAGACAUAUCCUCCCUAACACCGACUAGUUCACAUGGACAUUACUUUGGAUUUGGACAUGGCAUGCCCCCUCAAAUGCCUGCAUCAGUUCCUUCGGCGAUGCCCUCUUUACCAACUUCGUUACAUUCAAAUAUGUCAUCAUUGGGCUCAAACCACAUUUCCUCACAGGGUCACAUGCAUUCGCCUCCAUUACAAUCCCCACCUUCGUCCAGCCUAGGGUCGCCACCUAUGAUGUCACUUAGUCCUGGUUCAGCCAGCUCACCACCUCAUAUGUCUGGCUCUUUCUCCAGCAAGCAUAUUUGCGCCAUAUGUGGAGACCGAGCAUCCGGUAAACACUACGGUGUUUAUAGUUGUGAAGGCUGUAAAGGGUUCUUCAAGAGAACUGUGCGGAAAGACCUUACUUAUGCUUGCCGUGAUGACAGAAACUGUAUCAUUGACAAACGGCAAAGAAAUCGAUGUCAGUAUUGUCGUUAUAUGAAAUGUUUGGCUAUGGGAAUGAAACGAGAAGGAGUAAAUUUUGAUGUGUCAAGACAGGGGAAAGAACGAGACUUUAAAGCUGUUCAAGAAGAACGUCAACGUGUGAAAGAAAAAGGAGAAGGCGAAGUAGAGAGCACCAGCAGUGCAAAUGUUGAUAUGCCUGUUGAACGAAUCUUAGAAGCUGAAUUAGCUGUAGAACCAAAGAUAGAAACAUAUAUUGACACCCAGGUCUCAGAUGGGUGUUCCACUCUAGAAAAGGCCGGCAACACUGAUGACAAGGAUCCGGUGACCAAUAUCUUUCAGGCUGCUGAGAAACAGCUUUUUACUCUGGUCGAAUGGGCCAAACGAAUUCCCCACUUUACUAAAUUGUCUCUUGAUGAUCAAGUGACAUUGUUGAGGGCAGGCUGGAAUGAGUUGCUAAUUGCUGGUUUCUCUCACCGUUCUAUACCUGUCAAAGAUGGUAUCUUGUUAGCCACUGGCAUUCAUGUUCAUCGAAGUAGUGCACACCAUGCUGGUGUAGGUACUAUUUUUGACAGAGUUCUUUCUGAACUGGUAGCCAAAAUGAGGGAAAUGAAGAUGGAUAAAUCAGAAUUAGGAUGUUUACGAGCAAUAGUGCUCUUCAACCCUGAUGCUAAAGGCCUAGUUUCAACACAAGAAGUUGAAUCUCUGAGGGAAAAGGUUUAUGCUAGUUUAGAAGAAUAUUGCAAAUGCCAAUACCCAGAAGAAACUGGCCGCUUUGCCAAACUGUUAUUGCGUUUGCCUGCACUGAGAAGCAUUGGACUAAAGUGUCUGGAGCACUUAUUUUUCUUCAAACUUAUAGGGGACACUCCAAUCGAUACAUUCUUGAUGGAAAUGUUAGAAACUCCCAGUCCUCAAACAUAGACAUUUUAUAAAGACGUAAAGUUGAGAAAUGUGAAACUUGCCCAACACCAGCCACACAUACUACUUCUGUGACCGUUAUUCCUCACUCUCCAGCACAGUUGGCUCCAUGAAAUGAAGGCAGCAGAUAACCAAAUUAUAUUGUUCUGCUACUCUAAUUUGGUCAACUGUGUUUGGGACUGGGAUAAUUUCCAUGUAAAUUCCCCCCUCCCUCCUUUCAUCCACCAGGCUGUAUCGUCUCCUAUAAUCCUGGUGCAUAUUUGAAGCUUCCUAUGAAAUUCUUUUUGUUUCCCUAUCCAUAUUGCUGAUUUUACUGCUGCUCCAGACAUAUUACUUUUAUAUCUAGCCAACCUUACCUGAAACAUUGUCUGCUCAACAUUAAGAAAGGCACUAAAUGAAAUCACAGCAACAUUCUCUUUGUUUAAUUCAAUCCAUCUCCAACUGCUUACUUUCAGAUAGCUAUUUCUACACAUUUUCAUUUGUUUAUAUCUUGGUAUAUGUGAAAGUAAUUCCAUUAUUCUUAAGUGAUUUCACUUCAUCAAAUCUCAUUUGGUUGCUUCUUUCCUCAACAGACAAUUGUUGAGAAUGCUUCUUUGCUCAUUCUUAAUGCAUGGAAAGAGUUAAAGAAGUAAUUUCAUUAUGUUGGCGUAGCUAAUUAAACUCUCUUGCAUUUUACUUUCACUGUAAUUUAUUUCUUGCCUUUUUAUCCAAGUGAUUGUCUUUACCACAUAAUUGUAACUGUGUUUAUCUGGUUGCAAUGCUGCCAGUCACUUGCACUGAACAUAAACAACUGACAAAGUAAGAAAAUACCUGAAAUCUGUUAUGCCAGAGAUUUGAUAGCAUCUCUGAAAUAAAUCUGCCAAUCCUCUACCCUUUUACACUAUCUCUCAUCUGAUACGACAGCAAUGUUGCUGAUACUUUGAUCUCAUUUAUUGCCUAAACUUUGCUUUUGGACAUCAAGUUUAGCAUCUCCAUGAGAUAUUCUAUAUUGAAACUGGCUUAUUGAUUUUAAGUGUUUUACUAAGUUAAAUGUUUUGUUUACUGUGCUUCUAAACUUAUAAUUCUGAAGUUUAGUCAUGGUCAAAGUUCUAUAUAAGAUCAGUGAAUUUGAGAAAAUAAAUUCUGGCUUCAAAAAUAACAAAACAAACUCCAGUGUGGAUACCAAGAAUAGAAUAUUAUAAACAAAGCUAAAUAAAGAUGUCUUUCUACUACUGUUAAAUUUGUUCUAUGUGCCACUUUGAAAACUAUUACCCUUCAAAUGUCUCCAUGGUGCUCUCCCCACUUUCUGCUUCAUUUUAUCACAAUUGACUUUCUGAAUUAAUUUUCACAGAAAUUGAAGUAAAUAAUUUUUACCUCCCUUGUCACAUCAGCUUGCUGCAGUAAAGUUAGGCCAGAUUUGGUAUAUGUGCAAAAGUGAUUUAAUAAAAGUUAAAUUUUCUUUUGGGUUCAGUUCAGGACUAUUUUAUAACUUUAAAUAUCCGAGCUGGAAGGGAGUGGACAAAGUUACAUCUGGCCUCCUGAAUUAAAAUUCUCUUGCCAUUCUGAACAGGUAUUAUUUUGCACCAAUCAAAAGAAAUAAUCCUUGAUCCUAAUUGUCCAGUAUUGUUAACACUUGCCCUAUAUCAGCAACAAAAUGUAUUUGUAAUAAAAGAUUAUAUAAUCAGUGUA